AUGAACCAACUGACGGCCUCUGAUAUUGGCGCCCUUUUGGCUUCAAUUCGUAUUACACCCACCCAACGUAUCAAAGAAAAGUUCUUACAGCCACUGCGAGACCUUGACCAUACCAUGCAACGGUUUGAGCCUUGGUUCCACGACAAAUGUCAGGUUCUUAUCAUCGGCCCAGACACCGUUCAAUUGAACGCCCGAAUCUUCAAGGCAGAGGAAUACCACAAGGAGAGUAGUCGUUGA